GUCCGCCCACCGUGCCACCCCGCAACGCCGUCCAUAACACCCGCGACCCCAGCCAGCCAGCCAGCGAGCUAUACCAUGCCGUUCCCCUUCGAGCUGCCCACGACCUCGUCCGUCUCCCUCUGCGACUACUACUCCAGCAGCACGCACCCGUCGCUGCCCCUCGCGGCCACGUCCUCGCGCGGCGUCCUGCGCGCCGUCCUGAAGGCGCAUAAGCGCCUCCCCGCCGCCGCCCAAGCCAGCAACCUCCCCGCCGUCAUCGCCGCCCUGACAGAUUAUCUCGCGCAUCUGGCCGCGCUGGACGCGGGGCUGUCCAACAAUGGGCAGCAACAACAACAAAACACCACCACCACGCUCACCUCCCCCGCCCAAGACCUCGCAACCGCCUGGCGCCCCACGCUCUCCCCCUCCCCCGUCCCGGGCCGCGACCCUCCCCGCGCCAAACUGCACGGCCUAGAGCCAGAGCUCUUGUUCGCGCUGCACGCGCUCGCGUGCGCGCAUUCGCUGUCCGCACGAGAGCAGCUGCGCUCGCUGGUCGUGGCGCCGGAGGCCGAGCCACCCGCUCGCGCUGCGGCGGUCGCGGCCGCGAUGCGCGCCUUCUUGGACGCGAGGGGCGUGCAUGCUUAUGUGGCGAGGCGGGCAGGGCUGCGGGUGCAGCAGCAGCAACAGCAACAGCAGGGAGGUACAGCAGCAGUGCCGCCGCCGCCGACGACGCCGGUGGACAUAAGCAGCGCGACGCAGAGCGCGCUGGCGGAGCUGGCGCUCGCAGAGGCGACGCUCGCCGCCGUCCUCAAGGACGAUCCGUACCCCGGCCUCGUGGCAGAGGAGCGGAGCGCGUCGUCGCGGGAGUGGAUGGUGGCGGGGCCGGCGAUACCGAAAGUGCGGGCGCACCUGUUUGCGCGGCUGUGCGUGGCAGCGGGGGAGCACGCUGCGCGGGGCCAGGCACUGCUUCUCACAGAACGCGGCGUCGACGAGCGCCUGCCGCGGUAUCUUGACGAUUUGCGCCGGACGGCCCGUGGGAAGGCGGCGCGGUUUUUGGGGCUGGAUGCUGAGGGGGCGGGGAGGGGGGGCGAGGGCAUUGCCUGGCUACGGGGGGCGCGGCUCGAGAUGGGGUUUAAGGCGGAGGGGGGUGCGGAGGGGGAAGAGCGUAAGAGGGCGGGGCAGGGGUUUGCGCGGUUGAGGAAGGGCUGGGCGGAGAAGAGGGAGGAUCGGCGGAUUGAGCGCGGGGAGGGGUGGGGUGGUGAUGCGGGGCGUUUUGAGGAGGGCAGGAUUGUCGAGAUGUUGGAGCGGAAGUGGGUCAAGAUGAAUGAUACUAUACAGAUCCAGCCCAUCCCCCCCUCGGCCCCACUCCUCGCAACCAUGCCCUCCGGCCGCGAAUACCACCCAAACCCGCCCUCAUUCGUCCCCUGCGGCUUAGACGCAGACGCGCUGGGCCGGAUGCGCGCGCCUGUGGACGCUGGUGCUGCUGCUGGAGGAGGAGGAGGAGGAGGAGGAGGAGGAGGAGGGGGUGGUGGUGUUGGUGCUGUGGGAAUGGGUGAGGAGGACGAUAGUGGUGAUGAAGGUGUGGAGGAGGGGGGGAGUGCGUAUUAUUAGGUUGGUGUUUGGUGGGUAGGUGGUGGGUGUGGAUGGGGGUGGUGGUGAUGAGAGGUAGACGGAGGUGAGGGCGAGGGCAGCCGCAUCGAUGGAAGGAAUAUGUCAGGAACGGGACGGAGCGGAUGGGCGGGAACCGCAACGGCAGCGGAAAAGAGACGGCAAGAGCGUGCGUGCGUGCGUGUGCAUGCAGCACGGCGCCGUAAGCGCUGUAAGAGCAACCCAGUGCGUCACUUCGAUGGCGUAGAGGAGCUAUGAAUACGCAGGAGCAUAAUCUAUUUUCAGCGCAACGCAACGGCGAGGUGGUCUUGUCUUGGGUGCUCUGCACACGUAUACCCAUACUUAUUCACACAUACACACACAUACGCAUACGCACGCUCGGUACAACUAAACAACACCCAUCGCUUCCGUUCCGUCCCUCAGCC